AUGACAAUUUUGAAUAAUUAAUUUGGAUGUUAAAUAUAGCAACGCCUAUUUUAAAACUAUGUUGAAAUCUAUAGAAGUAUACAUUUAUAAUAAAAUACCCAGAAUAAUAGAAUGGUAUGAAAAUCAAUAUUAGUGAUAACUAGUAAAAAAUUUGGUCAGUAUUUAUGUCAGUAUCAAUAUAUUGUUUUUGGAUGAGGAUGGACAGUUUAGGGAAUUAUGGCUUACAGUUAUCCAAAGAUUGA